AUGUCCUCGCUCACCUACCGCAAGCUCAAGACCGAGUCGUCCGCACGUGAGGAGCAGAACCGGCGCGAGCAGAGCCGGCGCAAGGGCCUCCUCGUUCUCAUGCUGGGCUAUCUGGCUGACCAGGGCUACACCCAGGCGGCUGCCACGCUGGAGGCCGAAGCCGGCGUCGAUCUGGAGGCCUACUGCCCGGCAGACAACAUUGAUUUGUACGACGUUAUCGCCGAUUACGAAGCCUACUACGAGCUGCGCUUCUCGCGCAAGCCCAAGCUCUUCCGCCGCAGGCAGGGCGACGACCCGGUGCCGUCGCGAAAGGCCCCUCAUCGGACCUCGUCGCGCGGGCCUGGGCUCUCCUCGCGCAAGGCCAAGAGUCAGCGGGCCAAGUCGGCGUCGCGGUCAUACACGGCGCCGCAGGGAAUGGAGUCGGCGGCGGCAAAAGCUGUCAUCGACGCCGGCAACCGCUACGCUGGCCUCCCGCAAGUCCAGCGGUCAUCAAGCCGGGCCUCGGCCCGAUCGUCGGGCGCCCGUCCGGCCUCGGGCCCGCCGAGCCGGGCGCACACGGACGCCUCCGCUGGGGAGGGCCGUGGUCGCGCCUCUGGCUCGGGACUCGGCGCACUCGCGGUAUCUUCAAGCAAGAUCGAGCCGGCGUCGCGGUCUGCCGCCCUCCCGCCUCAGCCUUUGCCCGCCGAGUCGGGCACUGCUGCUGCGGCAGAUACGUACUUUGCCAACCGGCUUCUCAAGCCGCUCCCGACGGAAGUGUACGGAUGGACUAGCGAGCUCGCCGAGCUGGCCUCGGUCAUCACCCGCGACAUCUUCCUGGAGAAUCCUAACGUGAGCUUUGACGAGGUGUGCGGCCUCGAGUCGGCCAAGCGCGUCCUCCGCGAGGCCAUGAUCAUGCCGCUCAAGUUCCCGCAGCUCUUCACCGGUAUUCUCAAGCCGUGGAAGGGCCUGCUGCUGUUUGGCCCACCAGGAACUGGCAAGACCAUGCUGGCCAAGGCAGUUGCCACCCAGUGCAAGACAACGUUCUUCAACAUCUCGGCCUCGUCCAUCGUCUCCAAGUGGCGCGGCGACUCGGAGAAGCUUGUCCGCGUCCUGUUCGAGCUGGCGCAGUACCACGCCCCAUCAACCAUCUUUCUCGACGAGAUCGAUGCCAUCAUGUCUGGCCGCGGCUCGUCGGGCCCCGGUGGCGCCGAGCACGAGGGCUCGCGCCGUCUCAAGACCGAGCUCCUCAUCCAGAUGGACGGCCUCUCGCCCGCCUCGGGUGUCUUUGUCCUCUGCGCCUCCAACAUUCCAUGGGAGCUCGACCCGGCACUCCUCCGCCGCAUCGAGAAGCGCAUCCUUGUUGGCCUCCCCAACGAGGCUGCUCGCGCCACCAUGUUUGCCGACAACCUGCCGCCCGAGCGUGGCCCGGGUCUCGACUACGUCGAGCUGGCUGCCGCCACCGCUGGCUACUCGGGCUCCGACAUCCAUUCGGUGUGCAAGGAGGCUGCCAUGUGUCCACUCCGCCGCCUCAUGGCCAACAUUGACUUCGACGCAGCUGCUGAUCUCGAGGUCGAGCUUGGGCCCGUGACCAUGGACGACGCCCGUGCCGCCCUCGCCUCCAUCCGCCCAUCGUCGUCAGCCGAACUCUCGGCCAAGCUGGCCGCGUGGGAGUCGGCGCACGGCGCAUCGUAGUGAUUUAUUUUUGGCGAGACGGCUCCUCACGACAGCUUGGCCAGGAAGCUGGCCCACCAACUCGCGUCUUCCCGAAGCGGCGCGAGGUCGUUGUCGGCCUCAACGUGUGCCCGCGGCGGGUGGACCCCGCGCUGGGCGCCCUCGUCAAGCACAGCCCGCGCCGUCUCGACAUCGCCGGCCGCGACCAGGCAGCACGCGUAGUUGUACGCAAACUUGGGCUCGUAGGGGUAGCUCGCGGCAAUGAGCGGGAGAGCCUCGUCGUACUCGCCGAUCUGCAUGUGUGCGGUAAAGAGGCGCUCGACA